UUUCAACAUCCGGAAGGUGGGGCUUUUGUUGCAGGAGCGGUUAGCUUGUGGAGAAGCCAAUGCCUCGAAAUGCUCUAUUAAUGCAGUCAUCAAGAUAACACUAACCGAGGGCAGAAAUACAAACUCCGGCGUUGGUUUGGAGCGUCUGGCUGCAGAGGAAGUGUGCGCUCGUAUGUGUGUGGAAGCGACGCAAAGAAGAAUCCAGUAAUGGCCACCGGUAAAAGUAAAAACCAGAGCUCUCUGGCACUGCACAAGGUGAUAAUGGUGGGGAGUGGAGGCGUGGGGAAGUCUGCCCUCACCCUGCAGUUCAUGUAUGACGAGUUUGUAGAGGACUACGAGCCCACAAAGGCAGACAGCUACAGGAAGAAGGUGGUUCUGGACGGCGAGGAGGUCCAGAUCGACAUCCUGGACACGGCCGGCCAGGAGGACUACGCUGCCAUCAGGGACAACUAUUUUCGCAGCGGGGAGGGCUUCCUGCUGGUUUUCUCCAUCACAGAGCAAGAGUCCUUCUCAGCCACCGUGGAGUUCAGGGAGCAGAUCUUGCGGGUGAAGGCAGAGGAGGACAAGAUCCCUCUGCUGGUGGUGGGCAACAAGUCGGACCUGGAGGAGCGCCGGCAGGUGUCAGUGGACGAAGCUCGAGGGAAAGCCGAGGAGUGGGGCGUCCAGUACGUGGAGACGUCGGCCAAAACCAGGGCCAACGUGGACAAGGUAUUCUUUGACCUAAUGCGUGAAGUACGGGGCAAGAAAAUGUCAGAAAACAAAGACAAAAACGGAAAAGGAAAGAACAAAAAGAACAAGAAGAGCUUCAAAGAAAGAUGUUGUUUACUGUGAGCUCGUCAUGGACCUUAACAAAAGCCACGAUGCAACCUCUCAAUGGUCAUUCAAAUUCAAUUUAUUUUAAUUUUCUUUUUAAAUACAGCUGGUUUUAGUUUAGUCUGAACCCCUUUGUUUUGUUUUUAAUGGAUCUGAGUUAUCUGAGUUGCUGUUUCAUUGGAAGAAAACCACUCGAUAGCCAACCACCAAACUGCCACUGACUCUUAACUCUGCUGCUCAGCGAACACACUGCCCUCCACUUUGGUUCAGUGUGUUUUACGCUUGAAUUGUUGAGUCUUUGUCGAAUUAACCGUGCUAUUCAUGUCUUUGCCGGCUAUAAUUCUUACUACGCCGAAUCCCUGGAUUCUCUGUUCAUCGAUUUACAAGAAACUCAAAUGCUGCUGUCUGUUGUUUUUUAGUAAUCAUGUAUGAUGGCUCUUUAUGUCAUGUGUGUGGAAGAUUCAUUCACUAAUCUGUCCAGACUCUCAUCAACACACCUUGAGAGAAACUGGAAGCUUCAAACAUUUAUCUUUUUGGUCUCCCAAGGAUUUCCACAAAAGAACGUGUGUCAAACGGGGUUAUUUUUUUAUUUUAUCGGCCCUAUUUGAUAGCUGCAAAUCAACCCAAAAGAUUCUUUGCAUCUUUUCAGGAGGACGGGCUGCUGGUAAUCUCUUAUGUGACAGUAAAACACAUCGGAAGCUUAUUUGCUGUCAGUCCCUCUGAGGCUGUGAACAGAAGUAAACUUUAUGAAAUCCUUGUCACAUGGCGGACGACUUCCCGUUUGAAAGGUCCAGUCUUUACUGUGAGACCGGCGCCGACAAUCCAGGAGGAAAAGGAUCGUGGUUCUGGGGCCCGAUGGCGUUUAAUCAAUAACUUCUUAUUAGUCUUUUUAUACCAUGGUCCUUUUUAAUAACAUGCACUACAUUGCCAAUUCCUAAGGAGACUUGAUGACACUUUGUGCCAACGAAAGCUUGUGUGUGUGUGUGUGUGUCACCUACUGUCUUUGUGUGUCUAAGUGACGCUUUGAAGAAGGUGCCAACUUCGCCAACUUGUUGAGCGAACACGAUGUUUCUACCCGUGUUUGUAACUCUCCCCCCUCCUUGUGUUCUGCUCUCCACUCACUACAGCCAGCGUGUUGCCCAAUAAAUGCUUUUUCUUUUGUUUGUAAGUCUUGGA